AUGGCCUCUCCAUUGGCCAAUGACCCCGAACGCGUCGCGCAUAUCAUGCUAUCUUGGCACUCGCUUGACCUUGUCUCGUGCAACAAAUUGCAGACCCUGUGGGCUGGCUAUGGAACUAUCUGUGCAAUCACCGCGCGAGCCACAACCAAUGAAGCUGCAGAGCAUCUGAGCAAGUUAUGCGGCGUGGAAACACGAGCCGCAGGAGCCACUUAUCCUCUGAUCCUGAAGCUGAUCUCACCCCCAAGCAAAGGCGCGAACCAGGCAGAUGAGGGCCACUUACGGAAGAUGCUCAGCUACGAGGUGGAGCAGAACUUUUAUAGUGACGUGGUUCCACUCUUGGGAGAUGAAAUCGCCGUGGCCCAAUGUCUGGCAUCGACGCGACAGAUGAAGAGCAAAAAGGGCGAGGCAGAACUCGACGGUCUAUUGGCCACCAUCAUGGCGGAUUUAUCUCCCAGAUUUCCAGUAUCUGGAGGCAAGAGAAGUGCUCUGAAUCAAACACAGGUACACAGUGCGCUGGAAUGGUUGGCCCGCUUCCAUGCCCGCUCAUGGGACUUGCUACCGGACAGCCUUGACCGAUACAUUUUGCCUCCCCUUCAAGAAAACAGUAGAAGAGGAAGACAGUGUACCGGCAACGAUGAUAUCGGGCAAGGCUUAUGGCUUAAUGGAGGGUACACGUAUCUUGCAACACGACGGAGCGAGUAUGCUUCUCUCGCUCGAGAUACACACUCGGAAUGGUCCGAUCCUAUGUGCAAGGCGUGGCCAGGUUGCUCUUUGUCGGUCGCCGAGAUGGCUGCAUGGUUCUUAACCCCUCGUGGAAGGCCUAUUGAAUCAUAUAUCCAUGGCGACGUGAAGUCGGAGAACCUCUUCACAAACAGAAACGGCGAAGAGGUGGCAUUCUUUGAUUUUCAAUACGUUGGGCUGGGGUUGGGAGUGUGUGACCUCGCGAAACUAUUCACAUGUUCAGUGCCUCUGAAGAUGCUUGUGGACGCCGAGCAGCUUCUGCCCGAACGGCUGGCAAUGAGAGACGGCGAGAGACGUCUGUUGAAGCAAUAUCACAACAGCCUCCUACGGGAUAAGAAGCCGGAUUUCUAUGAAUGGACGGUAUUCGAGCGACAUUGGGAAACAGCUUUGGUGGAUUGGUGUAGGUUUCAGGCCUCCUGGGGAUUCUGGGGCAACACGGAGUGGCUUGAAGCCCGUGUAAGAUCAAUUAUAGGCGAUCAUGGGUGGAGAGAUUGGCUACUGCAAAAUAUUGCGAUAUAG